AUGGAUGAAAGCUCGUCUCAUCUCUUUUUUGUCUGUCCUUUAUAUUCUACUGUGUGGCAGAAAACCCUUUCAUGGAUAAAUAUAUCAUCUGCUCUACAUAGCUCUGCCAUUGAUCAUUUAGAGCAAUUCACCGGACUGCUUGGCAGGGGUAGAGUGAGGGAUAACAAAUUCUCAGUUAUCUGGUUUGCUUGCAUUUGGGUUGUGUGGAAAAUUCGUAUCAGAAAGAUUUUCAGAAGUUCAAAUGGGUCGUUAGAUGACUGGAUUGAAGAAAUUCAGCAGCCCAGGGUGUAUGUUCAAGUGGAGUAUGUCUGUCGUUGGAAGUAUGGUUGUGCGCGAUGUCUGCUCAGAGCAUUUCAGUUGCAUCAAUGUGGAGUGUAUCGUUCGGGGAUAGUAUUAUCGCAGUGUGUAGAUGUGGGGUCGGUUCUGUCAAACAAUUCCGGUGAUAUUUGGCAGCAAUUUUCUUGUGGUUCUAUUUAUUCUGGACUGAAACUGUCAGCUGGUCGGAAGGAUUAA